GCUUGCUUUAGUUGUCUGGGCGCCGUAGCGCGGAGCGGACGCCUCUACGACACCGCGCUACGCCGUAGCACGUGCUACGCCGUCGAUGUAAAAGUGCUUCGGCCAAAAAUGUGAUACUAGAAAAAGUACACUCGUGGAAAAAAUUGCUCAAUUUAAUUUUUUUUAACGAUAGUGUUGUGACUUAUUGUGGUUAAAAAUGGAGUGGACUUUGUUGCUGGUUGUCUGUCUUUUCUACACGGCAUCCGGUAACCCUGCAAAAAUGGAUUCCAAACGGGACCAUUGCAACAAGACAGUGGAAAUAUAUGAGGACGUGUCCUCUCCUCCUGUCACCUCCGAGAACUUCGGGAGACCCCUCACUUGCACAUAUAGGUUUCGAGCCUUUCGGGGAUCUCCAAAAGAUUGGAUUCUAAGGAUUAGAUUCAAAAAGUUCAAAGUCGGAACCUUGAUCAACGGUACGACGUGCCACAAGGGAUACAUGCAAAUAGUGGACGGCAACGCAAAGACGGAUGUUUCAAACAGGAAGGAGCCAGGUCUCUUCUGCGGCGAGAUAGAGCAGCCUCAGACGUUCAUAUCGGAAACCAACUUCGUGAAGAUUGUCUUCCACGCCGACAACUUCACUGAUCAAACUUACUUUAGCUUCGAUUCCAGAGCGGAGCAACAAUUUGAAGUGUAUCUGCGCUACGGCCAGCAUCCAGAAUUGUACCCCAACCGAAGAGGGGAGGUGGUUGCGGGGUCGUAUUGCGAAAGAGUGUUUCGAGAUUGCCGGCUGCAAACGUGUUAUGUACAGUCGGCUGCCUACCCUGGAGUGUAUCCAAGAAAUCUUCAUUGCAGAUACCAUCUGAACACAAGACUGCCCUACAUAAAGCUGUACAUAGAGAACGAAGAAUUCAAUAUAGACGGACAGAGAUGUGAGAAUAUCAUGACCUGCCCUAUGAGACCGAUCACUUCUGGGUCAGAAAACUGUCCAUAUGACUACAUCAGGAUCUAUGACGGCAAGGAUGAGUCAGCAUCAGUGAUUGGCACUUUCUGCGGCAUGGGAAAGUUCCCUUACUCCAUUAUUGGAACAUCUCAGGACUUAUUUGUGGAGUUCGUCAGUUCUCCAGCAGGUCCACUCCUAAACACCGGCUUCCAUUUCAACGUUGGCAACUGGCCUGGUCAUGUUGAGGCUCCAGGGUCUAAAGUGGGUACAUGUGACUGGCUGCUCACAGCUGAGACACUCAAGAAGUCAGGAGACACUGAAGGCAUCUUCCUGUCUGUGGCACAUUGGUAUCCUCCGCAUACAUCGUGCACAUAUUUGAUGCAAGGAUUUCCUGGACAGGUCGUCAGGUUAUAUUUUCCAAGUUUCCGAAUAAACCGCAUAGAGUCUCCGAUUCAGCCCUGGACCGGGGACUGUGGAGAGUCUCUCACUCUGUACGAUGCUCCGAGACCUGACGAUGCUCGCAUCAUCAAGACAUUCUGUGACACCUUCAGCCGACCGAUGGAGAAGCACGACUUUGUGUCCACUGGCAACGCCAUGUUUGUCAGAUUUGAGAGCAAGACUGGCAGUUAUAGUGGAUCCUCACUCUACUACUGGGCUCACUACGACUUCUUCAACAACACGCGUUUCGGAGAACCUGUCCCUGGAACUGCUUGUGAUGAGAUCAUAGCAUCGUGGAAACAAAGAGCUGGAAGACUACGGUCUCCUCUGAACACCCUGGUGUACAAGCAGGCGUCACCAGGAGAAGACGUCCACUGCCUCUACAGAUUUGUGACAGAUAAAAGGAUAUAUGCUAGAGUUAUUCUCACUAUUUUGAGUGUUAAUUUUAAGGAACACCCAUACACAUCGGUAACCUGUCAAAACUGUUACGAAGACCGAGCAGACAAGCUGAUCAUCUGGGAACCAUACCCAGGUGGCAAGUCACCCAACAUUACAGCACCAGGAGUAAGCACCACACCUCUUCCACUCCACCUGGCUGUCCAGCGGUCCCUGGGAUCCUGUCUUUGUGCCAAACAUGCUAAUGCUGUAUCUAGAGCAAGGCCAUACAGAGUCGUAUCAUCAGGUGAAAGCUUAAAUCUCCAACUGAUAGUAGACAAUGCUCAUGCAGCUGCCUCAUACUUCAAGAACCCAUCUCCACUCUUUGAAGCUCGCUAUGAGUUCGUCCACGGCCCUCUCUGUGGACCAGCUGUUUUGGCAGCUGCAUCAGAUGGUGAAAUAGUCUACCCACACUUAGAAGCCCUCGGCUAUAUGGAACCGCCAAAAAGAAUACAGUGCAUCUGGGAUCUAGAGAUAGAAGAAAAGAGAGAUAUUUGGCUACACUUUGAAAGUAUUAAGUUCGCUUCACGUCACUGCGAAGAUGGCAAUAUUCAAAUCUACUUGCCUGGACGAUUGGAUCCAUAUUUGUCGGUAUGCGGUGAUAAUGUAACAGAAACUGAAAAACUGCCAAUAUUGUCAGCUGGGGAACUUGGGUUCGAAUCUUUAGAUGAUCCAUUGGUGAUCGAAAAAGAAAAGACGAGAUCUAUUCGUAUUGUCUUCAUCGGUAGUGCGUCCCCAGCAAGAGCUGCCUUCAAAAUUGCCUGGACUGGGCUUUACCACCUACCGAAGAACUCUGAUGGCACUCUAAUGACUUCACGGCUAACUGACGGAGAAACUAAAUCUCCUGACUCAGGUCAUGGGUGCGACUUCAUUUGUCCAGGUGAAGCACUGUGUAUUCCAGCCAGAUUGAUUUGCAAUGGAGUAGUUAAUUGUCCAAACGUCACCUCAGGUGAUCGUAAAUUCUGGACAGCUGAAGAAAAACGAGCCAGAGAAGCGUACUCUGAGGAUAGUCUGAGACGUUUAGGAUAUUUGGAUUUAUUGGGAGGACUCCCAUUGGGACAAUUGCAUGACGAAGCUCCUGAACUUUGUGCAAGAGCCAGGAGCAUUGGUGGGAAUGAUUGGACAGCGCCUGCUUUAGGUGCUGGGUUAGCGAUUGCUAUUGGUGUGUGUGCUCUCGGUGCCGCCUGGCGCCUGUGCUGCCGCAAGCGGUCUCCAGACGAAGAGUCCCUGGAUUACUGACAUGCGGCCCGCGGUGCGCCUCACGCACCGCCGUCGCUCCACUCGCGGUCUACCUCCAGGGACCUCCCUAUGGAUUGGAGCCUCCAUUGACAGACGCUAUAUUGAGCGCCGGAGCCCUCCUUUGUUGAUUACUGAGAACCAAGUUCUUUGCUUGUUGUUGUUACCCGGAUAAUGGUAAUUGUAUACCUUACCAUACUAACUAAAAACACAAUCCUGUCAAUUUUCACUUAGAAUUUUUCUAUAUAAAUAUCUCCGUAUAACGACAGUGGCAAGCAGUUGGAGUUGCGUGUUCAAGGCAAAUUUUGGUAAUGUGGAAAGUUUACGAUUGAAGUGAAUCAGUCUAAUUCGUUAACAACGACGGUAGUUGCAGCCAAAAGUUUCCUUAUAACUGCUUGGAGCUGUCAUUAUAUUUUUACUAAAGUUAAGUACGGCAAUUUUGAAUGUACUUUAUUGAAGACACUCCCGAUAUUUAUCGUGUUUAAUUUUAGGAGGGUAAGACUCCCGGCGCUCAAGUUGACGACGUUGUUUUGUAAUUAAUGUAUAUACCCUUAUACCUAAAUUAAACCUAACGUUAAUUAAUGCUUCAAACGAACGAUCAUAGGUUAGGGCAAGGUGAUAGUAGCCAAACAGUUAAGUCAUUAUCAAUUUAGGUAGUAAUAGUAAUGUUUUUAUAACAUGACAUAAGUGUGACAUUCCUAUGACAGGAAUGGGUUCAAUUUUAUGGUUUAUGAACUCAUCAUGUUUAGCAUCAAGUUGACUCCUCUCAUUAUGUGCUCGAGAAAAGACCGCCAAGUUCGUUCACGAUGACAAUGAAGAAAGUUUCCAGAAGUUUGAUUUUAACGCUAAGUUACUUCAUAUCAGUAUUGUAAAAUAAUGUGCUCAAUAUAAUGUGAACUUGGCGAACUUUUUCGUACACGCUGGCUUCAAAGCGAUUUGACUGACUGCGAAAUCAUGUAAUCUACUCGUUGUAAUGUAAAUAUAUUUGACUAGAUAAUAAGAUCGUUGAUAGAAUAAGUUGUGUGUUGUAUCAUUGAUUUCUCAGAAACUUUCGUAACAAUCUUGUGAUUAUUUGCUUUAAAGAUUAAUUUUACCUCUAACACCACCACAUUUGCAAGAUUUUAAUGUCGAAAUAAAUUUACAGAGAAUUAAAUAAGUUUUAAAGUAAAAAAAGAAUACAAGGAGACAGAGUAUAAGAUUUCUGAUCAAAUUGAAAAAAUGGUGCCGUAAUGUGCAGGUUCACUUCUACCUUCGAGGAUAAAAGGUGUGUGAGUUAAAAAAUGGUUUGUAAUAAUUGAAUAAAACCUCUUUGAUAAUCAGUUCAAUGUGUUGCUAGAAAUCAAUGAUAUUAUGUACCUAAAAAUAAACUAAAAAAAUGCGCACUGCGGUUAGCUACGAUUAGUUCUGUAUCUGCAAUAAUAAUAAUUUUACCAACUUGUAACAUUUGUUUAGUUUUGACUAAAUAUUUGUAAUUUAUAUACGUUGCACAGUUAGUUAUUAGAUUAUUUUCACUGAAUUUAUAUAUAAAAUGUAUGCUUUGAUAAAUAUUAUUGCAAUUUCAACCGUAUCUCUUUGUGUUAAGGUGUGAGCAAUAUCUGUUAUUGAAAACGAUAUUUUCUUCUGUAAAUAACACUUUUGUCUUGACAUGAUGUAGAUAUAUAAAUAGCUACUACGUAGUAAUAAUUAUCCUUUUUAAGAGGUCAAUAACCUGCUUAUCCGAAAUUGCGGAUAGCUAUAUUACAUUAAAUGAUUCGUCUGCCCGUUUUGACAAGCUUAAAUCGAUUUUAAUAAAAGAACAAGACGAUUUUUUUAAGGGGGAAAAUCAUCCAAUUACUUCUCCCGCCUUGGGCGAGGUAAGAAGGAGUGUCAGACUAUUACUGAUUAAAAACCACCCCGUUCCUACUCCUGGUUUUCAAGCCGGUGCCCCGGUAAAAAAACAUGAUAAUAAGAAUAAUACAAAACUACGUAACAAGUUUUACAAAUGUAUUACAUUUUUCACAUAAAGUUAUAAUAUUAUUCUAAACCUAUUCCUAGCCUAAAACAUUUGGUCGAUUUACGUUCUAGAUCCAGCCUAUAAGUAAUAUCGUUACCGUAAUGGGUAUUGCUCAAAUCUAAGCCUUAAGUUUAGUACAAUAAUAAAUAUAGUAAGGUAUAAAAUUGUUUGCGUACUAUUUUAAAUAAUAGCUUUAUUUUGACGAGUAAUUUAGAUUUUGUUAGCAUUUACCAGAUGGGUAAUGUUAAAAAAAUAAAAAUAUAUUUUGUACAAAAUA